AUGUCAUUCUCCACUCUAGUUUCAGGUAUCGCCUUUAGGGACGCAAAUCCUGAUGACCGCAGUUCUCAAAUAUCUCGUGCUCGCUCACACGCCACCGCUCGAUCUUUAGCUAGUACCCAAGCAACGAGCGUCAGCAUUUCUGGUGACAUAUCUAGUCAGCUGCAUGCUGGAUACAGCCAUCCAUUAGCGAGAAUAUGGCAGGCUGAAAGGCAAUUGACCAAGGAAAUGCUCAUUUAUCCCCUAUUCAUCACCGACAAUCCUGAUGAAGAGACCCCAAUUCCUUCUCUGCCAAAUCAAUAUCGUCGAGGCUUAAAUCGACUUAUACCAUUUCUCACACCCCUCAUACGAAAGGGCCUUCGUUCAAUUAUACUUUUCGGUGUACCCCUCGACCCAGGCGCAAAAGAUGCAUUGGGAACUGCAGCUGAUGAUCCCAACGGGCCUGUUGUACAGGCAAUUCGAUUAUUACGAGCCCAAUUUCCCCAAUUAUAUAUCGUGGUAGACGUAUGUCUCUGUGAGUACACGUCUCAUGGACACUGUGGAAUCCUUUGCGACGACGGGAGUCUCGAUAAUACCCAGUCGGUUGACAGGAUAUCUGAUGUGGCCCUGAGCUACGCAAUGGCUGGUGCUCACUGUGUUGCUCCCUCCGAUAUGAAUGACGGUCGUGUUCGAGCCAUUAAGCUCAAAUUGAUCGAGGCAGGGCUUUCUCAUCAGGUUUUGCUCAUGUCCUACAGCGCAAAAUUUAGCGGCUGUCUUUAUGGGCCAUUCCGAGAUGCUGCCGGCUCAACACCUUCAUUUGGGGAUCGUAAAUGCUACCAAUUGCCCCCCGGUGGGCGUGGACUUGCACGCCGUGCAAUUCAGCGUGAUAUUGCGGAAGGUGCAGAUAUUGUUAUGGUCAAACCGGCUAGCAGUUACUUGGAUAUCAUCAGUGACGCAAAAUCACUGGCAAAAGAUAUGCCAGUCGCAGCAUACCAGGUCAGUGGAGAGUUUGCCAUGAUUCAUGCCGGUGCCAAAGCAGGUGUUUUUGGAUUAAAGGAAAUGGCCUUUGAAAGCACAGAGGGAAUACUCAGAGCCGGUGCCGGCAUCGUGGUUAGUUACUUUGUGCCUGAAUUCUUGGACUGGCUAUCUUGA